GCUGCCCUCGCCUUGAAUGAUUAAAGCUCGCGCGUACCUUGUCAGGCCCGGCUCCAAUUAUAGUGCGCUUCCUCCAGCGCACCGCUGACUGAGCCCAGCGGAACGGCCUCCUACAAAUCAGCCGCCUGCUUCAUCCCGCCCGCAAUCAACCGCAAUCAUCCAUCGCAAGCUGGGCUCCCUGCUUCUACUCACGCGCAGUCCUCAAGAAGACAACGAAGUCCUUGGCGUUCGGUACUUUGGCAAACAGGCAAGUAUAUCACGGGCAGUCUGCGUCGUACAGAAUUAGACGCUUAACCACCGUCCAGCGCUGGCAAUGGCUACGAGCGGGUCUCCACAGGCGCCGCCGCCACCCAUGGCCAAGCUCCCAGUCGAACUGCUGCGUCGCGUUUUCGUCGCAGGCUUUAAUGACGACAUUGACGAGUAUCAUAUCAGGAAGUUCGGCCGCGCGCGCUUCGAAGUCCUCGUCUCCCAUGUUUGCCAUCAGUGGAGGGAAGUAGCUAUCAGCACUGCGGAGCUCUGGACGUGCAUACGUCUCGCCAAAGUCAAGGACCUCGCGCAGGCGCGGGAGUAUCUGCGCCGCGCGAAGAAGCGCCUGCUCGACAUCGUCGUCGACUCUGCGGCCGCUGAGGAGCACGUCCCUGGUGUGACCCUCUCGCGGGGCGAGUUCUGCGACGUCUUCGACAUCAUCUCGCCCCACGUCGCGCGGUGGCGCACGUUCAUCCUCAAAGUGCGCGAUCAGACCUGUAAGGCGUGGGCGAGGACGCUGACCUCGUCCUGCGGGCCCGCGCCGGCGCUCGAGACGCUCGAGCUGUACCACAUCCAGAAGUGGCGCUCGGAACAGACCCUCGCGUCAUCCAUAUCACUACUCCCGGUAACCAUCUUCGACGAGUUCCUGCCCCGGCUGCGGAACGUGUCUUUUAUUGGCGUCAACCUAGUUUGGGACCGCACCCCUUAUCUUCGUAGACUGAAGAAGCUGCAGUUCGCCACGCAUGCCGAGGAUGUGCGCCCCACGUACCAGGUAUGGACCCGCAUCCUGCGCGCCUCGCCGGAGCUCGAGAAGCUACGCCUGAACUACUCCGGACCCCAGUCGAGCGGUACCUGGGACGCCGAGCCGAUACCCCUACCUUGGCUGCGCGAGCUCUCUUUAGAAUGCAUGGAGUCCGGCUAUUUAUGUCGGUUGCUCGAUCACUUAAGCCUUCCCCGCCUUCGUCACCUGCAUCUCGAAUUGGACGAGGACGAGGAGGAUUACAACACCUUCGUCAACCAUAUCAGCAAGCCUGACGCACCUGCAUUCGGUAAUCUCCGGUCGCUGCACAUCACGGCCCUCGAUUGCACUGCAGAGACGUGGCGCAGGCUCUUGCUUUCGGUGCCGAACCUGACCGGGCUCGAAGUUAAUUUCCGGCGGGUCAAUGACGCUCUAUUCGGGGAGCUCCGAGGAGGAGAGUACGAUAGCGACAGCGACGACGCACGUUCCACAGUCACGGUGUACGACCUCGAGCCGCCCCCUUCCCCGGACGAGGACAUAGUCCUCCCCCGCCUCCAAUGGUUCAAGUCGACCGGCCUGGAUGGGGCUGAGUUAUGGGGCUUCAAAGAAUACAGGGAAAGCAUAGGCCAUCCCAUACGGCACUUUGUAAUCGCGAUGGACGACAGGGAUGUGUACACGCAGAAACUCGAAGGGUGCCCGCACGUCCGCGUGUCGUAUUUCACGGAGGAGGACGAGGAGGCGGUUUCUUAUGAGAUAGACGCGAGCAGUGACGAGGACUUGGACGAGCAAUAG